GAGACGCGGCGGGCGGCGGAGCCGGCCGGGGGGGGGGGGGCGGCGCUGUCACCGGGCCGCUCCGCUCCGCUCCGCUGCGGCCCGGGACAUGGCCCCGCGCGGCCGCCCCGUAGCCGCCGCCAUGCCCAAGCGGGGCGCCCGCAAGCGCCUCAAGUUCCGGGCCGACGACGUCUGCUCCGAGCGCGUGACGGUGGCAGAUUAUGCCAACUCAGACCCAGCUGUCGUGAAAUCGGGACGUGUGAAAAAAGCUGUGGCCAAUGCAGUUCAGCAGGAAGUAAAAUCCCUCUGUGGUUUGGAAGCUUCUUGUGUUCCUGCUGAGGAAGUUCUCUCCGUAUCUGGAGAGUCUUGUGACAGUAGCGAUGAAAUGGAUACAAAGGAAAGCAUCAACGGACGAACUGCGUCUAGAAAAAAGAAGAGCAAAAGGCACAAAGAAAAUCCUGAUGGUGAUGGUGGAGAAGAAUAUCCCAUAGAUAUCUGGCUGUUGCUGGCUUCCUACAUUCGCCCUGAAGACAUUGUCCGGUUUUCUCUGAUUUGCAAGAAAGCCUGGACUGUUACUUGCACUGCCGCCUUUUGGACCAGGCUCUACAGAAGGCACUACAGUCUGGACGCGUACCUGCCUCUCCGCUUGCGACCAGAAUCCAUGGAGAAGCUGCACUGUCUCCGUGCAUGUGUCAUCCGGUCACUGUACCAUAUGUAUGAACCUUUUGCAUCUCGAGUCUCCAGGAAUCCAGCUAUUCCAGACAGUACUCCUAGCACUUUAAAAAAUUCCAGAUGUCUGCUUUUCUGGUGCAAAAAGAUUGAAGGGAACAGACAAGAAUCAAUGUGGGAAUUCAAUUUCAAGUUCAAAAAGCAGUCUCCCAGAUUAAAGAGCAACUGUUGCAAAGGUCUUCAGCCACCCAUUCAAUAUGAGGAAGUCCAUACAAACCCUGAUCAGGAUUGCUGUCUACUGCAGAUCACCACGUUUAACUUCAUAUUUGUGCCAAUAGUCAUGGGUAUGACGUUUACCUUGUUCACCAUCAAUGUGAGUACAGACAUGAGGCAUCAUCGUGUGCGCCUGGUGUUCCAGGAUGCUCCUGUUCGCAAUGGCAAGAAACCUCGCCUUGAUCAAGGAGUACAGGUGGUGUUGGACCCAGUGCAUAGCGUGCGGCUCCUGGAUUGGUGGCACCCACAGUACCCCUUUUCUCCAAAAGCUUAGUGCUCUCCUGAGUCUGCAGCAGCCGGCAGGUGACUGAAUCUGGCAGGCUGAAGAGAAUUUCUAGGAACCAGGAAAUCGUAUUUUUAUUUCUUAAAUAAAUUCUGCAGUCUCCUUGCAAGUGGUUGAAGCUA